CUAUUGGCGGUAAAGAAAAGCACCGAAGAGCAGAUUCAUCUCUCAGCAGAGAGAUGCCAGUGUUUACUAAAGGUGUUGUGGCACUUCCGGGAUCAUCCACCUGACGAGCACGCGACGCGACGUCACCUAGGUGUCAGACCAGGAGCGCAGAGAAGCUGAGAGUUACCUACUUUACAUGAACCGAAUCAGAGUCUUCUCAGUCCCCAGGUACCAGUUAGUUAGCGGUGAACGGUGAGAGGAGCUGCCGCGGGCCACCGAAGCUGACACAGCUGCCUUUCGCUGCGGACCCGCUCAUGGAGUCUGCAGGUGGACAGCGGGGGCGGGAUGGUGGCACUCAGAGACGCUCUCCUCUUGACAUCAUCUUGAGCCAGAUCCGCAGGAAACACACGGCCUCAGACAGGAAGCCGCUAAGACGCUUCCUGUCCCAGAGCUCGCACCAAACAGGGAUCCCUGAGGAUGGAGAGAUGGAGGGCAGAGAGGACAGAGGGCAGAGUCCAGGAGUUGUAGAAGCAGCCAGCAGUGAGCACGACGUGGGCUGGGGGCGAGUGUGCGUUUUCCUGCAGCGGCUGGGGAAGAUGGCCGACUGCAGGAGCCUCAGUGUGGCCCACUGUGACCUGACCGCCACAGACCUGCUGGAGCUCGCAACGCUGCUCCAGUUCCUCCCUCAGCUGGAGGAGAUUGACCUGUCAUGGAAUGAGCUGAUUGGUGGAAGUUUGAAGGCGCUGACCUCUCACCUGUGUCACGUUGGCGAGGUCAGGAUGCUGAGGCUCUGCAGCUGCAGGCUAAACACCGAAGACGUCACUGCAGUGGGUGAAUCUCUCAGCUGCAUCCCUCUCUUGGAAGUAGUCGAUUUGUCCUGGAACAGCAGUGUGGGUGGCGGAGGGUUGCAAGGCCUUCUGGGUAAACUUCACCCACUGCUGAGGGAGCUCCACCUGGUGGCAUGUCAGCUCACUGCAGCUGAUGCUACUGUACUGGGAGGAGUGGUGUCUGCUCUCCCCCGACUCUGUGUCCUCAAUGUCUCCUGUAACCCUCAGCUCACACAGGAAGUUGAUGCUGGCGGCUUCAGAGAGCUGGCUGCCUCUCUCUCUCACGCCACCUCCCUCACCACGCUCCAGUUACAGGCCUGCGGGCUGACGGUAGACUGCCUCGCUGCUCUGGGUGCUUCGCUCCGCAGCCUCCCCUCAGUGCGAGAGUUGGACCUGUCCUGUAAUAAAAGUCUGGCUGGAGGACUGGACCGCCUCACUCUGCACCUGUCUCACCUCACACACCUGGAGAGCCUGGACCUCCACCUGUGCUGUCUUACACACAGCGACUUAGAGGCCCUGAUCCAGGUGCUCCCCUCUCUGAUGGCAUUGACCGACCUGGAUGUGUCGUCCAAUAAGGAAGCUGGAGGUAUGGUCCACCCGCUGGUGUCUGCCCUGCCUCUGAUGCAGAUGAGGAGGCUGCCGCUCAACAGCUGCAGCCUCAGCGAGGAGUCCUACACUGGUCUAGCGCUGGCGGUGCCGUACCUCUGCAGUGUGGAUGUCUCCUGGUGUAAAGUGGUUGGUGGUCACUUAGCGCUGCUGCUGGACGCUCUGCAGCCAUCAGUCAUCCUUGAGCUGCACCUCAGCAGCUGUGAGCUCACCUCUGAUGAUCUGCAUCACCUCGCUGCAGUAUGCAGACGUGGAUGUCUGUCGUCUCUCCGGGUACUGGAUCUCUCCUACAAUGGCUCUGUGGGCGACGAGGGCUGGUCUGCGCUGUUUGCAGCAGGAGGUCUGGGCUCACUGGAGGACGUCGACCUCAGUUUACGACCUUUGACCUCCGCCUCCUGCUCGGUCUGGCUGCCGGCGCUGCUCUGUGCUCUGCCUCAGCUGCCGGCGCUGACCCGGCUGCGAUGGGCGAUUGGCUCCCAGGAGCGGGAGCAGCUACAGCACCGCCUGAGGAACAGGAGCAUCCUGCUGGAGUGGGACCCGGACAGUAUAGAUGAAGCUUCAUUACGUGAACAGGAGAGUCCGGAGGAGUAG